CUGUGGCUGCCAAGCGCAAAACCGCCGACGGAGCGCGCUCGCGGCAGAUAAAUUUGGGGCUGGCGCGGGAGAAGUCGCCAAGCCACUGUGUUGCAGCUGAGGUUCCCCCAAUUUUUCCCGCCACGCCCCGCCCGCCCGUCGCCGGUCGCCAUGGAGAGGAAGCAAGCCGACUACAGCACCCUGGACGAGAGGUACACGAUCCAGGGGGAGAGGUACCAGGGGCAGCAGUACAGCCACAUCUACUUCACGCGGCUCCACCACAUGCGCAACAUCCUCCGCGCCCUCGUCCCCUCCCGGAAGCCGCACCUCCCUGUCACUACUGUGUUGGGACUUGAAGAAGGAAAGGAUUGUGUGCUUGUUGGGACUUUAUACAAGCACAUGAAACUGAAGCCGUCUAUUCUUGACGAAUACUCCAAGGAGAGGUCUGCAAUCCCUCUUGUUAAGCCACACAAUUUCAUGCAUCCUGAUGAUAAUCUCAUUCUGGAAGAUGAAAGUGGAAGAGUUGCCCUUGCAGGAGCCAUAUCUCCAGCAGCAUAUGUGACUGGGGUUGUAGUAGCACUCCAUGGGAAGGAAACAAGUGCUGGCAACUUCCUUGUUGAAGAUGUUCUUGAGGCUGGUCUUCCUCCUCAAACUGCAUUGCCUAGCAUAAAUGAGGACAAGUAUGUUGUAUUCGUGUCAGGGUUAAGCGUCGGGAGCAGCGCAUUCAAUCCUCUGCAGUUCCAACUUCUUAUUGACCAUAUCACUGGGCAUUUGGGUGAUGAGAAUGAACAAGCCAUAGCAUCAAAUAUAGUUCGUGUUGUGGUGGUUGGAAAUUCAGUACAUAUUGCACCAAGGUUCUUGAAUGGUCAGACUGUAGCGUCAAAAGAUCAGCCUAGGAUAGCCGAGCCAAUCAUAGAACUGGAUAUAAUGCUGACUCAGCUUGUGGCGUCAUUGCCUGUAGAUAUAAUGCCAGGGUGCAAUGAUCCAGCAAAUUUUUCUUUGCCUCAGCAGCCUUUGCAUAGAUGCCUUUUCGCUGGAGCAUCUACUUACAAUACUUUUUCGUCAUGUCCGAAUCCACAUCAGUUUGAUCUUGACAAUGUCAAGUUUAUUGGAACAUCUGGCCAGAACAUAGAUGACCUCUACAGAUACUCGGAUGCGAAAGACAGGCUGGAAUUCAUGGAAAGAACAUUGACAUGGCGCCAUCUUGCUCCAACUGCACCGAACAGCCUAGGAUGUUAUCCAUACACAGACAAGGACCCUUUCCUCAUUGAAAGUUGUCCCCAUGUUUACUUUGUCGGGAAUCAAGAUAGAUAUGAAACACGGCUGUUGCAAGGAUCCGAAAAACAGCAAGUGAGGCUAAUCAGCAUUCCGAGAUUUAGCGAUAGUGGAAUAGCCGUCAUGCUCAAUUUGAGGAACUUGGAAUGCAGCACCUUGAGUUUCUCGACAAACUUUGAUUCGUGAUUUCGCUCUAAUUGCACGGAGUGCCAGAGGGUUUGGUGUAGCAUGCUACUACGGACAGCUUUCAUGAGGGAACAAAAUAUUGUGUGACCCAUAUAUGCUCAUGUAAAGAGUUACCUCAAAAGGAUGUAUUCGUAGCUCAACAGUUCUUUGUUAGUCGUGUGAUGACCUAGGUUUCUCCGAAUUAGGCCUGUUGGUAACCUUAUCAUGCUUCGAUGUAGCUCACAAACAAGUAGAAGCUCGUGCUUCUUCUAAUAGUCUCCAUUAGCUGAUUCAUUUGUCAGAUCUUGUAUUUCUUGUCAUCCAUCUUGGCAAAUGUACCAGUCUUGUUGAAAACAGAUUGUGUUCUUGUGCAGUGUGUGUCUGGAAACACAGAUGCAGGUAUCCAGCACUGGAGUAACAUGGACUAGGAAGUGCAAA